CGACUCUCACUGUCACUGUUCACACUUGUUAACAAUACACAAUCAACAGGAGAGAAAAAAAAACUACAUUGUUUUUAGCUGGAAAAAUAAUAUUUUAUUCAGUGACAAAAAAUGGCACAAAAUAAUGAUGGACCAUCAAAUAAAAAAAGAAAGCUAGACAAUGAUGAGAUAAAAAGUGUUUGUGAUUUACUGAGCAUUCGUGUUGGAAAACUAAAUAUUGGUAAAAAUCAAAAAAUUACACUAUUUGUUGAUAACAUGAAAAUGGAUGCAAUGAACAUUUCUCAAGAUGAAUAUGCACACUUAGAUAAAUCUUAUUUUUCUCGAAAUACUGAAAACAUUAUUGACAUGGAUUGUUGUAAAUACAAACAAACAAAAAAUUUUGACAUUGAUCUGGAUAUCGAGACAAUACUCAAGACAAUAAAUAUCAAAGGAAAUAUUAAUCCGUAUACAUUAAAUUACUACAAAACUGGUGAUUUGAAAGCUUCACAUCAUCAUGGAUAUCGUCAAGGAUUAAAAGGUACAUUGAUUUUGUUAUUACCAUCAGAAUGUGUUGGUGGUGACUAUUGUUAUGAUGAUUACAAUGUUGAAAAAAAUAUGGAUAAAUCAACAUUAAGAUUUGUUUAUUUUAAUGAUGGAAUGGAACACUCAGUUACCAAAGUUUCAAGUGGCAAUCGUUUAUCAUUGGUUUACAAUGUUUAUGAUCCUAAUCAUCAACGAAAAAAUGUUAUUGGAUCCUAUAACACUGUUAUUUAUUUCCCUGAUGAACAUUACAAGAAACUAUUGAAUUAUACAAUUAACUAUUGUCAAGGAAAAGAAAAUAUCUUACUUGGAUAUUAUGAACAUCGUGAUGCUGCAUUUAAUGAACGUUUACGUAGAGAUAUUGAAGCUAAAUAUAGAGUUAUUAAAGUAGCAGUCGAAAAAGAUUCUUCAAUAAGUCAAGUUACAAGAGUACAUGCACUAAAAGAUGACUUAUAUGAAGAUGAUAAAUUUUCUUUAGCUGAACGAGGAGGUAGAAAAAAAGAUUUUAGUGACCUUGUUGAUGAGGAGUUUGCGGUUCGACACAGAUUAUUUACCAAACACUGUGCUUUAAAGUAUAAGAAAAUCGAUUUAACCAUUGAAUAUGGGUACAGGAAAAGAUGGCCGAUUGAAAAACAUUACUCAGUUGACAUCUACACUGCUUAUUUGAUUAAUCCAAACAGUGAUUACUAUAGUUCUGAUGACGAUGAUACAGAUUAAAAAAAAGGCAAUGAUUCAUAAGUUAUGAAUCAUAACAAAAAAGUGGCAUUGGUGAUUAUGUAAUUUAGCUUAUUCAUCUACUGAUUUUGAAACAUUCUAUAACUUUUUCUUUUCUAAAUAAUAAUUUCAAAAAAUUUUAAUAAUUGAAAUAAUAAACAAAAUUUUUUUUCUUUUAAAUAUUUCAACUUAACUAUUUGCAUCUGUAAUUUUUCUUGAGUUUGUGCUUUUUUCCUGUUUUACUUUUGUUAAUUACAGUAUUUACUCGUUAUCUUGUUGUCUUUGAUUUUUUUUUGGUCAAUUCUUUUUUUAUUAUGUAACUGUACUACUUCCAACAACAAAAAAAAACACAAGUUGUAUUAAAGUAAAUAAAGCUUUACAAGAUAAAAAAAAUCUAAAAAAUAAUAAAUAUAAAAUGACAAAAUAUUUUACAUAUAAAUUAAAAAAAAAAAAAAACUCCCAAAUUUUUAUGUUCAAAAAUAUAUUUGAAAAGUAAUCAUUUAAAUAAAAAAAUAAACAAA